CCUUCUCAAUCUCCUAUUAUAAAUCAAACAAGCUAUAUUCUUCUUCCAGCAACAUUGUGUGAUCAACUUUACUUCCAAAACAGAACUAUUUUCUCUCUACACCUCACUAAGGUUAAUUAAUUUCUUUGCAACAAACGUAACGCCAAUUCAAAUGGCGAUUCUAAGGAACUCAACCAGUCUUGUUUUAGUCACGUUGGCGAUGAUUUGGACAGGAAUUGCUGCUCAAUUGAGCAGUGACUGCACGAACGUGUUGGUCAGCAUGUCCCCUUGCCUGAAUUACAUCACGGGGAACUCUUCAUCUCCAUCCUCAGGGUGCUGCACGCAACUUGGCACGGUGGUUAAGAACAAUCCAGAGUGUUUGUGCCAAGUCCUUAAUGGUGGUGGCUCUAACAUGGGACUCAACAUUAACCAGACUCAAGCUUUGGCUCUUCCUACUGCUUGCAAAGUUCAGACUCCAUCAAUCACCACAUGCAAUGCCGGCUCCCCAACUAGCUCCCCUGCUGGAACACCAAGUUCUCCAAAUACAAGAGCUUCAGGAAGUGGAUCCGUUCCAUCGUCACGAGGGAGUUCCAAUGAUGCAAGUUUAACCAAGAUGAUCAGUCUUCCUUUCUUCUUCCUUCUCUUCAUUAGUUCUUAUGCUUCAACAUUCAUAUUAUAAGCCAAUUUUCCUGAAGAGACAGAGUGGUUAUUGUAUUUUUUAUGUUCUUUAGUUCCUCUGCAAAAUAUUGUCUUUGAAUGUAUUAGCUGGUUACAAAUUAAUUUGAAAACAAAUAAAAAGACUCUCGUUCUUCAAA